CGUCCCGUAAACGCCACCAUCUCUCUCUCUCUCGCACGCUUUGUCGUGCGCUUAUACACACACAUACUUGAGUUUAGAGUCACGUACGAAUAAGAGGAUAACAAACAGUUAAUGCACGUUGUUCCGUUAUAGUACCUACGACAACGACAGUUAUCGCACGAGCGUUAUUAAAUGCUGUCGUUGUUAUCCGAAAAGUGUCAGAAGGAAACAAAGUCUACGAAUGAAUCGUAGUCGUAGUCGUAGUACGACGAGCUGCCUGCCUAUUUCGGGAAGUUAACCUUGAGUGCAAGGAUGUCUAUUAGCGAGAUCUGCGAGAACACCAAACUCGCCAGGGAGAUGGCACUUACUGGAAAUUAUGACACUUCUGGAGUUUAUUACCAAGGUGUUGUCCAGCAAAUUGGCAGGUUACUAUCUAGCAUCGUCGACGCCAGCAGAAAAGCCAAAUGGCAGCAAGUACAGUCACAGAUCGUUCAGGAGUUUGAAAAAGUCAAGGCCACCUCCAGCACGUUGCAAUUAUUUAAAGUUGAAACACACAGUGAUAGGCUCAUUGCUCCAGCAUGUAUAUCUUAUGAAGAGGCAGCACAAAAUACUGCACUCUGGUCAUGUGGACCUUCUAGCAAUUGGACACCUACUCCACCAAGAGAUCCGGAUGUAUGGCCACCAUUGUCACCUACAGAACAAAAAAAUUCAAGAAUACUGCCAAGAAAUCAGCAACAAAAGCCACCAAAUCGAUCCAACAUACGUAAGCCUAGUAUAACAUCUGCUAAGAAAACAGAUGUUAAACCAACAACUCGCAAUAAUCAAAAAAAUAAUGGCACUGAUGAUAAGAAAAAUGUUAAUUCAAACAGUGUAAAGAAAGAUGAUGUAAAUAAGGAUAAACUAGAAGGAGAAAAGACAGAUGUGGAAGUUGAAGAGAGAAAGUUUGAAUGUUCAGGCAUUGAUCGCGAUCUUGUAGAUACAUUAGAACGGGAUAUUGUACAGAAAAAUAUUGAUAUUCAUUGGGAUGAUAUAGCUGACUUGCAUGAUGCAAAGCGCUUAUUAGAGGAAGUAGUUGUUUUACCAACCUUAAUGCCAGACUUUUUCAAGGGCAUUCGAAGACCUUGGAAAGGAGUUCUUAUGGUAGGUCCACCAGGUACUGGAAAAACUAUGUUAGCAAAAGCUGUUGCUACAGAAUGUAGUACUACUUUUUUUAAUGUUUCGUCUUCAACAUUAACAUCUAAAUAUAGAGGAGAGUCAGAAAAACUUGUUCGGCUUUUGUUUGAAAUGGCACGGUUUUAUGCGCCUAGUACAAUAUUUAUUGACGAGAUCGAUUCUUUGUGCUCGCGACGAGGUUCAGAGUCUGAGCACGAAGCAUCAAGGCGAGUAAAAUCUGAACUUCUAGUUCAAAUGGAUGGUAUAAGUUCAAAUAAUGAAGAUCCUACUAAAGUAGUUAUGGUUUUGGCAGCUACAAACUUUCCCUGGGACAUUGAUGAAGCUUUAAGAAGGCGAUUAGAAAAGCGAAUAUACAUACCUUUACCAAAUCGUGAAGGAAGAGAAGCAUUAUUAAAAAUUAAUUUACGAGAAGUUAAAGUAGACGAGUCAGUCAAUCUUAGCGAUAUUGCCGAAAAAUUGGAAGGUUAUUCGGGAGCAGAUAUUACGAAUGUUUGCAGAGAUGCUUCUAUGAUGUCUAUGCGAAGAAAAAUUGCUGGUCUAAGGCCGGAUCAAAUAAGACAGUUGCCAAAAGAAGAACUUGAUUUACCAGUAUCUGCAGCGGAUUUUGAUGAAGCAGUAGAAAGGUGCAACAAAAGUGUAUCACAAGAAGACCUUGAAAAAUAUGAAAAAUGGAUGAACGAAUUCGGUUCGUCUUGAUACCGUAGCUCUUGUGCAUAAUUAUUGGAUUUACAAAUGUAUUUUUUUACCAAAGGCAGUAUCAGCCUCUAUUAUAAUGUGAAAAAAGACAACCAAAUUAAUCCAAAUGCCUAUUAUUAACUAAAAAAUAUCAUUUUAAAUGUAAAAUAUGACUGUCGUGGGACCAGUAACUUCAAUCAUCAAUGUGAAGGGUACCUACCUAUUUUAUGCUAUUGUUGAAGCAUAUAUUACAAGUAAUUUGCUUGCAAUUUGUACUUAAAGCUAUCCUUCGCAUAGGUUUUCAUUCAAGUUUCAUGGUCUGACAUGUAAAAUUUGACUACGCACAAUUAAAAAAAAGUAUGUUAUACAUUUUUAAUUCUUUUAUCUG